CCGAGGAAAAGAGGAAAAGGGGAAAAAGAAAAGAAAAGAAAAAAAAAAAAAAAACACACAGAAUUGGAAUAUAUUUCUUAGAUUUCACACAUUGAUUCUUCAAAACGUGGUUCUCUUCGUGCUUUUUUUUUUCUACUUUCAUAUAUAAUUUUCAACAACUUUUUUUGUUUUUGUUUUUCUGUUCGUUUCAAUUUCACAGCCUUUGAUCACCAAUAUCCUCUCAAAGCCACACCCUUUCUGUGAUUUCUGAGGGACUCGAGGGUGUGAUUUGCGUGAAAGAUUCGAGAUUUUUUCUGGGUUUGAUUGGAGGAAUUGAGAAAAAAGUUGGAAGGGGUUCACACAAUCUCUGUGCUACAGAUGCCAGAUAACCGGCAAGUCCAGAGGAAUGCUACGCAUAAUCAAUCCGCUAAUAACAUUGAAGAUACACUAUGGCGGUUGAAAAUCAAUGAUAAUCAGGAGGGUGGUGGUGCUCAGUUGGCUCCCUAUCCGGAUCGACCUGGUGAACCUGACUGUCUAUAUUAUUUGAGGACUGGGUUGUGUGGUUAUGGAAUUAAUUGUCGUUAUAACCACCCGGCUUAUGUUUCACAGGGUGCUCCAUACAGUGGAGAACUCCCAGAAAGAGUUGGACAGCCUGACUGUGGGUAUUUUCUGAAGACAGGGACCUGUAAAUAUGGGUCAACAUGUAAAUAUCAUCAUCCAAGGGACAGGCAUGGUGCUGGACCAGUCUCAUUCAACAUUUUAGGUCUCCCCAUGCGUCAGGAAGAAAAAUCUUGUCCUUAUUACAUGCGAACUGGAUCAUGUAAGUUUGGAGUUGCAUGCAAGUUCCAUCAUCCACAGCCUGCACCAGUUGGAACUGUUCUACCAGUAGCUGGAAAUGGAGCUUUUGGAUCUAUGGGCUCAACAGUUGUGCCGUCAUCUGGUGUACCUUAUGUAGGUGGAGUUCCAGCGUGGUCGUUACCAAAAAUGUCAUAUGUAUCUGGUCCGCGCAUGCCAGGUCUGCAACCUUACAUGUCUGUUGUUCUUCCUCCUUCUCAAUGUGUUGUACCUGCACCAGGCUGGAACACUUACAUGGGAAACAUGAGCCCUCUGUCUCCUAACGGUUCUACCACUGUUCUGAAUUCCAACUAUAUAUACAACUCCAAGAAUUUAGGUGACUCAGGUUCUAGUGGGCAGAUGCAUUUGCUAUCUACAACUACAAAUCUUCCUGAGAGGCCCGAUCAACCUGAGUGCCGGUAUUUUAUGAACACUGGGACCUGCAAAUAUGGAUCUGAUUGCAAGUUCCAUCACCCGAAAGAAAGGUUUGCACAAUCAGUGGUAAACCAGCCUGGCCUUCCCUCGAGACCUGGGCAAGCUGUAUGUUCAUACUACAGUAUGUAUGGACUCUGCAAGUAUGGCCCAACUUGCAAAUUUGAUCACCCAGUUGUAGCUCAGCCUUAUAACUAUACUUUGAGCCUCCCUAAUCUAUCUAUGCUUGAUUCAUCUCUCUUCAAUUAUCCAAGAAGCUUGUCAGCAGCCCACUCAUCUGAGACUUCCCCUUCUAAAUCAUCAAAGUUUCCUGAUUGGGUCCAGAAACAUGAUGCUGCAAGAAACAAACAUGAUAAAUCAGAUACGAGGAUUUCAGAGGAUUCACCUGAACAGUCUGGUUCUUCACCACACUCUACUCCAACUUCAACAGAACCUUUACAUGAUCAAUCUGGUUGACAUCACUCCUCUCUAGCUCAUUUGUCACAUCCUUUUUUAUGCUUACAUCCAGGAGAUAUUUAUUACGUGUACCUCCUGCCCCCCCUUUUCACCUGCGGUUCUGCGGAUUGGGAUAGGAUUUUUAUGAUGACUGAAAGCUUGGGGGGCAUGGAAGGCAUUUUUUGUGGUGAAUAAAGUGCAGGUGAAAGUUUGUAAGAAAUCCAAACCCCAUCCCCCCACCCACCCAAAUUGUUGUUGUUUUUUUUUUUUUUUUUUUUUUUCGGAUGAUAUUCAUUUGGGUUGAUGAGAGUUUGCACUUUGCAGAAUGCUUGAUUUUGAUUGUUGUGUGAAAUUUUAGCAA